AUGACAUCAAAAGCAUCGCUCUUAGCUGCUGCUAUUUCAGCUAUUACUAAUGAAUCAAUACUCUCAUACGACGAUUAUCUCACCAAAAAAUAUGAUGAAGAUGAGCGACGUCGACAGAAUCCGUCAGAAUUUUAUCCAUUGUAUCGGUUCAAAGGAGAACUUAGCGUAGACUCGUUGCACCAGUCACACCUUGUCGGGCAACCUCAUCUUAUAUACGUGAAAACUCUAACCGGGCAAACACUUCACAUUUAUCCUAACUUGACGGAUACAAUUGAUGCAGUCAAAGUAUUAAUUCAAGAUAGAGAAGGAAUUCCUACGGAUCAACAACGUCUCAUCUUUGCCGGAAAACAACUUGAGGACGGUCAUUCACUUGUUGAUUACGCUAUUACGGAAGAGACUACAUUGCAUUUGGUUCUUCGUCUUCGUGGCAGUGGCACUGGAAUUCUUUCUUGCUCUUUCCUUAAUUCAGAUCAACUAGACCCGCGUUUUGAUUUCGACUUUACGAAUGUCUUCGACGCUCCCAAUACUUUAUUUAUGCGUGGAAGUUUCCAAUAUAAACGACCAUGUGGCUGGAAUAGGAUGGCACUUAAAGUCCUAAAUAAAUAUGGUGACAAUGCCUGGCUCGGCGCUACUUCCAGAUCCUUUCGCCACGCAUCUGAUACCAAUGAAUGGCCAGUCUCCUACCAUGGAACCGCAAAAAGCAAUUGUCAUUCAAUGGCCGAAGAUGGAUACGAGCUAAGCAAAGGAAAACGAUUUUUGUUUGGCCGUGGUAUAUAUUCUACGCCUGAUAUCAACGUCGCAUCGAGAUAUGCCGAAAAAUUCACUCAUGAUGGUCAAGAGUAUCGUGUGGUGAUUCAAAAUCGUGUUAAUCCUAAUACGUUGUUCAUAAUCUCAGCGGAAGAAACGGACGGAUAUGGCGAGUAUUGGAUUUCUCCGAGUGGCGUUGAUGUUCGUCCGUAUGGUAUCUGUAUCAAAAAGGUUUCGAGAUCUUAA